CGUAUUCAUAAUUUUGAUAUCGGAUUGUUAAUUCGAGUUGGCCUCCUUAUAAAAAUGUCAAAUUGACAACUAUAGACAAAGGAAAAUGACCGUUAGUUUUAACAAAUGUUUAUAAAUAAUGCCAUUAGUAUUUUGUCUAAGCUCUCAGAGUCUAGAUAUUUAAGAUUGUCGGCCUCUUCUCCACGGGACAGUUACAGAGAUCGACUGGUUCGCUCCACAACGUGGGAUUUUCGUGAACUCUGUCUAGUCACGUCCGUCGCUGGAGCGUCACGACAUUUCGACAAUUUAGUCAAACAAAAUGGCGGACGAUGGCGAUGGCAAUGCGAAGAGUCACGAUAGCACGCCGGAGCCCGGGCCACGGCGAAAGCCACGGAUCGCCAUACCUUUGGAGUCCACGUCUAAGUUUCCCUUCGGCGCCGACGCGGAGCUGAUCGAGUAUGUGCGCUCUCGCCCCGUGUUGUACGACCCCUCGCACUCGCACUACAUGGACAACCAACUCAAGAACACACUCUGGAUUAAGAUCGGGAAACAACUGAAAGCGAACCCGAGCUCGUGCAAGGCGCGCUGGAACAACAUCCGAGAUCAGUACCGCAAGACGCUGCGCAAGCGCAUCGUCAACAGCAAGCUGCGGUACAAGUUCGCGCACCUUAUGGGCUUCAUGGACCCCAUCUAUAAGGGUCAAUUUGACCCCAGCCCAUCCAAAGCAGACAACAUAAGCUCAAAAACAGAAAACUCAGAUGACAGCAACGACACUCAAGACUUUGAUGAAACACAUACGAAAUCACCCAAUCACGACGCUGAAGACCCAGAGGAAACACAAACGAAAUCAGUCCAUCACGACGGUCAAUCGGAGGCCGACAUUCUCUCGAACCAAUCAGAGUCCGUCGUAGAGUACGAGAUGUUCGAAAGGUCCAACGUCUCUGGUUCGUUGCCUUCACACCCCACACCGCAGGCCGUGGACGAGUUCUUUGCCGCGAUUGGGCCGACCCUAAAGGCCCUGAGUCCAAUGCACUUAAGUAUGGCUAAGGCGGAGAUUUUUGCGGUCGUGCAUAAGUAUGAGUUGAAAGGGAUUAUGCAGAAUGGGUGGGCGGAGACGAAUGUUAAUCCUUUGCCUUGAGGUCUAGGAGUAUCACAAAAUCUGUCAAAGUCCUAUCCACGCCUUAUCCAAGGAAUCGAGUGCAUACAUAUAACUUCUUUUUCGCCUCAGAGAGGGCAAUAUAAACUUACGUGCUGACAUCAAAACGAUAUCUAAAUGAUGUUAUUCGCCCGUCUUACUCGCGGCGAUACAUGUGCGGACAAGUACGUAAAAAAUGCAUGAAUAAUAACCAAAUGACAUCAUUUCAUCAUCAAUCAGAUGACAGAAUGUAGACCUCAGGGAUUCGCCCUCGCUUUUACCCUAUAUGGUUACGCUGUGUGAUAUCUGUGGAAGAGGAAUUUCUUUUCGCGUACCCUUUCAAGGGAUUAUAAAAUGGGUCUUUAAAAAAAAAAGGUUCAGUACAUGACCCGCUUGAGAUCAAUUGAGCUUAUAUUUAGACUGACUGAUGAUUGUAUAAUAGAUGAGUAAGUUUUAAAUGUUAAAUAUAGGAAAAUUCACAAUUGUAUUUAAGAAAUUCGAACAGUUUAAAAAACUGUAAAAUUGCACAUGAGAAAUGGGAAUAGAUAUUUUCCAUUUCCGAAAUAAAAAUGUCCUUAGUUUCGUGUGAAAGUUCCCUGAAAUUUAUAGAACUUUUCCAGCUUUUUCGAAACUUUCUGCAAUUCGCACAUCAGUAAUUUUAAGAUGUUGUUAUAAAAUAAAACAUUCGAUCUAUUAUAA